AUGGCGGCGUUUGCCGAUUUGGACCUACGGGCGGGUUCCGACCUGAAAGCGCUGCGCGGGCUCGUGGAGAACGCUGCUCACCUGGGCUAUUCAGUGGUUGCCAUCAAUCAUGUUGUUGAAUUUAAGGAAAAGAAACAGGAAAUUGAAAAACCAGUAGCUGUUUCUGAACUCUUUACAACUUUGCCAAUUGUACAGGGAAAAUCAAAACCAAUUAAAAUUUUAACUAGACUAACAAUUAUCGUUUCGGAUCCAUCACACUGUAAUGUUUUGAGAGCAACUUCUUCAAGAGUCCGGCUGUAUGAUAUUGUUGCAGUUUUUCCAAAGACAGAAAAACUUUUUCAUGUUGCUUGUACACAUUUAGAUGUGGAUUUAGUCUGCAUAACUGUAACAGAGAAGCUACCAUUUUAUUUCAAAAGACCCCCUAUUAAUGUGGCAAUUGACCGAGGAGUGGGCUUUGAACUUCUCUAUAGCCCUGCUAUCAAAGACUCCACGAUGAGAAGGUACACAAUUUCCAACGCCCUCAAUUUGAUGCAGGUCUGCAAAGGAAAGAAUGUAAUUAUAUCUAGUGCUGCAGAAAGGCCUUUAGAAAUAAGAGGCCCAUACGAUGUGGCAAACUUAGGGUUGCUGUUUGGGCUGUCUGAAAGUGAUGCCAAGGCUGCAGUGUCCACCAACUGCCGAGCAGUGCUUCUGCAUGGAGAAACUAGAAAAACUGCUUUUGGAAUUAUUUCCACGGUGAAGAAACCUCGGACAUCAGAAGCAGAUGAUGAUUCUCUUCCAGCCUGCAAAAAAGCCAAGUGUGAGAGCUGA